AUGGAACCAUCAAAAGAAUAUCUGUUUGAAUACAAAGGGUAUUAUUUUAGUGUAGAAACUACACCUGAGUAUGUAGCUACCCUGGAGGAUUUUGAAAUCAAAGAUAGCGACAUAUUUCUAGCAACUUAUCCCAAAUCAGGAACUGUGUGGACUCAGAACAUUUUGAGCUUAAUAAUUCAUGAAGGCCACCGUAACGGAACAGAAAAUAUGGAGACCAUGGAAAGAAUCCCAUGGCUGGAAUACAAUAGAGAAAAUAAGGAUUAUGCAAGUCUUCCUUUGCCUCGUGUUUUUGCCACCCACCUGCCCUACUACUUAGUUCCCAGAGACCUGAGAAAGAAAAGAGCACGUGUCAUUUAUGUUACCAGGAACCCUAAGGAUGUUAUGGUUUCUUACUACCACUUCUCCAAAUACAUGACCACACUGGAGCAAAUACCAGAUUUUAACCUUUUCAUGGAGAGAUUUUUAGCUGGCAAAGUACUUGGCAGUUUGUGGGUGGAUCACGUUGCUGGCUGGUACAGUCAUGCAGAGGAUUUCAAUAUACUCUUCCUUACCUAUGAAGAAAUGAAAAAGGAUCUCAGAAGUGCGGUGCUGAAGAUCUGCAAGUUCCUAGGCAAGAAGCUGAGCGACGAGGAUGUGGACAGUGUUGUGAGACAGGCUACGUUUGAGAACAUGAGAAAAGAUCCCAGGGCAAACUAUGAGAACCUGCCAGAUGACAUCGUAGCAAAAGACAAGGGUAGUUUUCUACGAAAAGGCACUGUUGGAGACUGGAAAAACAUCAUGACGGUGGCACAGAAUGAAAGGUUUGACAAAGUUCUGGGAGACAAAAUGAAGACCCUGCCUAUCAGAUUCGUCUGGGAUAUUAACGAUGAAGUGUAG